AUGGGCCAACAAUCGUCAACUCCUUCAAAUAGUGGGGGAUCACCAGUCCCAGUUUUUGAGAGUAAAGAUGCUAUUAUGAAGUUUAUGAAUGAAAGAGCAGUUCGAAAGUUUUCUUCGGCUGAUAGGAUUGCAUUCCAGGCUUUUAUAGGAGAUACUACUGCUACGAAUGAUUUAAUGAAUAGUGAUGCAAUUGAGAGGGUAUUCGGAGUCUCCGCUGAUCCCAUAAUGGUAUCCUUAUUGUCUAGGAUCCUUGAAAAUGUCACAGCCUUUCCAUUGGUGAAUAGCGUUAAGAGGGGAAAGGUAACAUAUAACAGUUUGCUCAAAGCUCGAUUACUAUUGGACCCACGCAGAGCAGUGAAGUAUACUUCUUUGAAAGGCUAUGAUUACUUUGGCUGGUUAUUUUUAUUUUUGGCAUAUAAAGACAAGCCCAUGUAUGCAAAUCCUACGGAGAUUACCAAUAUCGGCAUAAAAUUGGGACCGGUAAUCGCUAAUUUCGACGGUGUCGAUCUUGAGAGUCUCAAACUCCCAGGCAGCGAUCUUGUUCAGUUUAUCAGCUUUUUGCUUCAGCUUUCUACGUGUUGCUCUUCCGGGCAUGAUACAUUUGGUUUGUUUUCGUACCGUAAAUCGAAGAACUACGAAAGGCGCGCCUUAAACAUCGUACGCAGUAUGGAUCCUUCUGGGAGUUCUUCGGGACUUGGUAAAAAUACGAUAAUCACAGCAGCCCAAUUUAAAGACGUUGUUUCAACUGUUGCGCCGCAUUUAUUCCAGCCACUAGUCUAUUAUCUUGAUCAUGUGGAUAGUAGGCAUCGUGACUUUGAGACAAAGGAGCAUCGCAAACUUGAAGAGGAUUCUGAUCGCUACUUGCUUUCUGAUGGAUUUUUAGCACAAAUGGGGACUCUCUGGUCGGGGAACUUAUCGCGCGAUAUCUUACAGAAGUUAUUUGUCGCAAGGGAAGCUGGUUUUUCUAUGAGAUCCUUCCAAGCAAAGGUAUGUAAGUGGAUGGCUCCAUCUAUAUUGAUUGUUAGCGGGAGGAGUAUAGUCGACGAUGAUUUGUCAGUUAUGCAGGAGCCACUGUACGGCAGAUUUUUAAAAGAAUACCCGAAGUGGAGAGACCAAGAUCAGGACCCGGACUAUAUGACUAAGAAGAAGAAAACGCUUGUGUUCGCCGUGUUCGUUAAUGACCCAUGGAAAGUCACUAAUAAAGAUUUAUUUGGUGGAGCUGAGACGACUAUUAUGCAAUUAGCACCCGUGCAGGAAAUUUUUAAGGCCACACGAACAGGCAAUAUCUAUUUUAACACCAUAGGAGGGGGGAUUGGAAUUGGGAGCUCUCAGCCUGUGAUUAAAGCCUCGGCAAAAAAGUACCAACCGGGUGAUGUCUCUUUGACUAUUGAUCCUUCGUUGGAGGUGGGUGUGUUUAGGCAUGUGGGCCCACACGGUAGUAUGUCUCCUGGGCAGUUACUUUCCAAACGAGGUCAAGCUAACAAAUGCUUCGAGUAUCGGUUCAAAGUACAGGAUAUCGAGGUGUGGGGCUUGGGCGGGACUAAGGAGCUAGAAGAGCAACGUAAACAAUGGAUAUGGGAGGAGGCGGAAUCGCAACGGAGAAAAAACGUUAAUAUUAAUGGCUUUGGUGAAGAACGCGCCUUGCUUGAGUUGGCUGGCCUUGUAGGACAACAUCAAGGUGGAGGGUCUGUUUGA